AUGACAUCUGUAGACGAUAUUAUCAGUAAACUUUUGUUUAAUUCGCGGUUCGUAUGUACAAGCCGAAAAAUUCGUGCGCUAUGCACUGCUACAAAAUUAACUUUCAUGAAACAACCAAUGUUAUUGAGGUUACAGGCACCUAUCAAUGUGGUCGGUGACAUACAUGGUCAAUUUUCUGAUCUUCUUAGAGUAUUUGAACUAGCAGGAUUCCCUCCGGAUACCAAUUUUCUAUUUUUAGGUGAUUUUGUUGACCGAGGUCCACAAUCGUUACAAGUGAUUACUUUACUGUUUGCACUGAAAACGCGUUACCCAGAAAACGUGUAUUUGUUACGUGGUAACCACGAGAGUCUAUCAGUAAAUCACCGUUACGGUUUUUACGGCGAAUGUAAAUUACGAUAUGGGAAUCACCGUGGUCACCGAAUUUGGAAAGCUUUCAAUAGAGCCUUUGACUGUUUGCCGAUUGCCGCAGUAAUCGAUAACAAUAUAUUUUGCAUUCACGGUGGUCUAAGCCCUCGUCUCAGGCGUAUUGAUCAGAUCGAUAAGAUAAAACGACCAACGCGAGUGCCUAAAUCAGGAAUUAUGUGUGAUUUUUUAUGGGCUGACCCAUGUCCAGAUAUCCAAGGCUGGCGUAAAAAUGAACACAGAAACGUAUCAUAUGAAUUUGGACCUGAUUGUGUCAUAGAUUUUCUAAACAAAUUUGGCUUUCGACUGGUUGUUCGUGCACAUCAGGUAAAAUAUAAUAUUAUCAUUUCCAUUCAUUGAAAAAUUAAUUAAUUUUGUUAUAUUUAAAUUAAUUCAAAUAAUUCUAAUUAAUUUGAGAUAAAAACAGUGAAGGACAUAAUGAUAAACUUGAAAGAGUACAAAAAUAAUAUUUCAGAUAUUUAUGCCAUAAUUGUAAUAUCCAACUAACUCCUCACACUGGUUACGAGAAUAUCUUAAAACUAUUAAAUUUAAAAA